GUCCUCCGUAACCGUCCACGGUGUGCGGGUGUGGCUGCGACUCCAGACCGACGCAGCGCCUGUGCGUACUGCUCUGCUGGCCCUGCGGAACACCCAAGCAAAGUGGACAGACAAGCGUAGCCGCUACAACCUGCGACAGCAAGGACGCGCGGCAGAGACCAAAGAAGACUUUGCAGUUCCCCUGGACCCCGUGCCGAAAACGAGCCUGCGACAACUCAUGUUGCAGCUGCUGCUCACUGCUUCCUGGGUGCUGUCCUGCGAUUACAGUGCGUUGGUCUCGCACCUGCGGCUCUCCUGCAUAUCGGAGAUGGAGCAGCCGAAUGGGUUGGCGAACCACGUGGGCGGUUCCGUUUUGGCGUCCGCCACGGCAGCAGCACCUCUGUGCAAACGCGGUCGCAGGCCAUCCAACGUGCUUUUCUUCAACUGCUGCCUGGCGCGCGCUGUGAUACAUCUGAACCUGCCCGGCUGGGAAACGUUAUUCGGCUUCGUGGACCUCCAACAUAUCUCCUGCGAGCUGAGAAAGUUCCACGGCGACGCUGCUGCAGUCCGUGCAGUACCCACGCGCCAAGAGCAACGAAACUACUGCCAAAUGGUGACAGCCUUUGCUCAUCACCACAACCUGCCAUUGCCGGCGACGGGACGAUCCAGGAAAGACUCGAACAGCACGACCGAGUGGACGGACACCCAGGCGGAAUAUUUAAACUUCCUGGAGGCUCUGAUCGUGCGCUUCAAGCGGCUCUGGGUGCCGCGCGCUUCCGCUACACGGCUGGGCGCCACGGCUAUCCUCUCCGACAACAGAUUCCGCAGCAAACGUAUCGGUCAAUGGACCCAUCUCCUGUCGGAUUUUGAGCAGUCGCCGCUUAAUCCUGCAGCUGACGAGGCGGACCUCCUGCUCAAUGCCAUGACGUCGGUUGUUCUGACCUGCAGCGCGCGUGCAGCUCGUGAACAUCCGUGGAUCGAUGCUGCCG